CAUAUUCAUAUCCUCUACCUGUAUAUUUUCUUUCAUCUAAUUUUAUUAUAAUUAUUAUAAUUGAAAAAAAUGAGCAGUGUACUUUGUGAAGAGCAACAAAAGCUUCUUCUUAACCUCAAAAAAUCUCUCACUAUGAGAGACAACAUUAUCGACAACAUCCCACCAAGAAAGCUCCUCACCCGCCGACAAUCCACCAACACCUCCGCCGACAUGUUUUCCGAGGAAGAUCCCUAUUCCUCCGACCACUUCCGCAUGUACGAGUUCAAAAUCCGCCGAUGCACACGCAGCCGCAGCCACGACUGGACCGACUGUCCCUUCGCUCACCCCGGCGAAAAGGCUCGCCGCCGCGACCCUCUCCGGUUUCAAUAUUCCGGUGAGGUUUGUCCUGACUACCGCCGCGGAAACUGCGACCGCGGCGACGCGUGUGAAUUUUCACACGGCGUUUUUGAGAGCUGGUUGCACCCUUCGAGAUACAGAACUGAAGCGUGUAAAGAUGGUAAGAAUUGUAAGAGGAAGAUUUGCUUUUUUGCUCAUACACCCCGUCAACUCAGGGUUUUGCUUUUGCCACCUCCUCCUUCGCCUCCUCCUCAGAACAACGUUAAGAACUGUUGUUCUUUUUGUCAUUGCUGUUCUAAUUCUUCUUCUUCUUCACCCACUUCAACUUUGUUGAGUGGACCUUAUUUUUCUUCUGCGAAUUCGCCACCUUUGUCGCCUUUGUCGAAUUCAAAUCCUAAAGAUGUGCAUGUUCUUAGCGAGCUUAUUCGAUCUAUGGAGAGUUUCAAUUUUGGUGGUGAUGAUUCUCCUGUUUCUGCUGGAAAAUAUUAUAGUUCAAGUGGUAGUACUAGUAGCAAGUUUUUGAGGGAAGAACAAAGGAUUAACGUUGUUGAUGAUGAUGUUAGUGCCAACCCAGAUUUUGGGUGGGUGAAUGAGUUGCUCAUGUAGAUGAUGAUGGUUAUGAUGAUGAUGAUGAUGGCAAUGAUGAUGUGGAUAUUAUGAUGAUGAUGAUGAUGAUGAUGAUGACGGUGAUUUGAUUCAGUAAAUUAAGUGUAGAUAUAGUAAUGUGAUCAUGUGAGUUAAAUGAUCCUUAAUUGGUUUGCUAUGUCUAUCUAUUUUUAAUUGCAAUUCAAUUCGAUCUUGUAAUUUCUCUUGUAAUUUUUCUGUUUAUUACUUUCUGAAUUUGUACGUUUGUGAAAAUUAUAUAUGGUGUAAUUUGUAUUUUCCAUUAAUAAAUUAGAUUUUAUGCUUA